AUGAUUCCACCGCAUAUGCAACCCCCUCACUCGCUGCACGCGCGCUUUUCUCCUUAUUCUCCAGGUCCCGGCGGUCCCGUUCACACCUCAAGCCCUGCUGCAUUGGCCCACCCACAGCCUCAGUACAACGUCAACCUCCCCAGGGAUGCAUCGCAAACCGUGUAUCCCACACAGCCACCCCUGGGUGCUAUGCCACCUGGUGGCUAUCCCGCUAUGGGAAUAGGUCCGAAUUCAGGAUUCGCACCACCCGCACCAGGGCCCGCGCCGGCGCCUGUAGCCGCUCCUCAGCAAACACAGGGUUUCUCGCUUAUCAACGAGAUGGCGAUGAAAAACCGUAGGAGUGUCUCAUGGCAACAGGCAAAGGUUGGCCAGCAGCACAUGCCAGAGUGGACCAUGUGGUUAUUCCUCGAUGGUGAACUUCGAGGUCAGGGAACCGCGCCGACUAAGCAAGCCGCAAAGGAACUCGCGUCUAAAGCUGCUUUACAGGCCCUCGGAUGGAUACAAGGCUAA